AGAGACCACAUCUGGAGGAAAAUAAAGAAUCAUCAUUUAAUGUCCCCCACCCUCUGUCUUAUUCUCCUCCCUCUCCCUCCGUCUGUUUUUCUGACUGAGGAAGGAUUCGGGAGACAGUAGACAGGCGUCGUAAGCAAACGAUGCUCCUUUGAAAUGUAUUUAUUUUAGAACGAUUUGUCGCAACUUCCCGACAAUUUAUCCAAACAGCUACAGUUUGCGUUUCUGGAGUAAGUAUCGCCCGUCGUGUCCUGCGUGAGUUGGAAACGGUGAGCUGGAUCCAGGAGUGUUUUUGAUGAAGACAUUCCCUCAGCGUUAAACGCACCGCGCGCGCUUCAGCCGUCACGUAUUUCGGAAUCAGACGGAGCGUCUUCAUCGAGGCUGGGAUUCAAAGCCAUGCUGUCGCUGGACGAGCCCCUGGACUUGAAGAUACCCUCUGGCCGUGACAGGACACUCAGAACGUCCAUCUGUGCCCCACUGCACUUUUCUCGGGCUCGAAUAUCCCGCGCAUUGCACAAGGCCAAAAGCCCUGAUGCAGCUGACAAGGACAUGUCAGAUUCUUCAUCGUCCAUGGUGGUAGAUCUGAGUCUGUCUCCAUCUUCCUCUCCCUCACCACCCUCUCCCAUAGACAGCGGCGCUAGCUGGAGUCCCACAGCGCCUCUUUUGGCCUCGGAAUCUGAAAGCACCAUGUACCACGAGGACAGCUCCUCUCCUCCUCCAGGUUUUCAGUUCUUUCUGCCGAUUGGUGCAGAGGGUCCCCUGCGCCUGCCCUCCUCGAUGCUGAUUGGGCAGCACUCCCCUGAGCCCUCGAGCGAUGAACAGCUGGCCUGCCGCUGGCUAAAAUGCCAUCUGCUGUUCGAGAGCCUGCAGGAUCUGGUGGACCAUGUGAAUGACUCGCAUGUGAAACCAGAGAAGAAUUCAGGAUACUGCUGCCACUGGGAGGGCUGUGCGCGCAAAGGAAGAGGCUUUAAUGCCAGGUACAAGAUGCUGAUUCAUAUCCGUACUCAUACCAACGAGAAACCUCAUCACUGCCCUACCUGCCACAAGAGCUUCUCACGCCUGGAGAACCUGAAAAUACACACCCGAUCACACACAGGAGAGAAGCCGUACAUCUGUCCUUACGAAGGCUGCAACAAGCGCUACUCGAACUCCAGCGACCGCUUCAAACACACGCGCACACACUAUGUGGAUAAACCCUACUGCUGCAAAAUGGUGGGCUGUCUGAAGCGCUACACUGACCCCAGCUCUCUCCGCAAGCACAUCAAGGCCCACGGCCACGCCGUAGUGCAGGAACGCGCCGCCCAGCCCAGAACCAGCAGGCUGGAAUCAGAUGGUGCCUCAUUGAUGGAUGGCCGACGGAUCGAUCGUUCUUACCCAGGAGGGGCUCGUUUCGUCUUACCGGGUGCGGCGACAACCUUAUUUGGGGCUCACGCCUUCGCCGGGGCCCUUGGCAAUUACCCCCUGGAUCUGUCAAGGCUCAGUCCACUUUUAGGAGCCGGGCCGGUGCUGUACCCCAGCUCUGGUGCUCUUGGGCUUGGGAAGGUGCCUAUCCUGCACCCUUUGUUGUUGCCGCCAUUCGGGCUCGGAGUGGGUCAGGCUGAAAGAGCAGUUGAGGAAGAAGAUGAUGUUGAUGAUGAAGAUGAAGGCAGGAUGGGAGCAGGACGGGGUCCUCAUUCAUGGGUCGUGAUUCCUCCCGGCAUGCUGUUCUUGAAACAGAUGGCAAGCACGUAAAGAGACUAAUGGGACUUGUUCACACUGUGCACCGAUCUGAUUUGGAUUUCAAAUCGGAUUUCGGUGUCAUUUUGCAAGUGCUGAAAUCAGUUAUGUUAUGUCCAACCCCCCAAAACAAAACUACUUAGAAAAAUGUUUGUUGAGAGUUCAGAUUUUGUUUGGAUUUUGAACUGUUCACGAAUUUGGUGUGAGUCCCAGUUUGUCUGUUUUCUGUUCACACUACAAAAGCUAAAUUGGUUUAACAUACCCAAAACAAUGCUAACCAAAAACCUUAUGGGCCAUUCACAAUGAUAAUAACUAUAAUGUUUUUUAAUGAAUGAAAUUAUGUUGUUGGAAUCACUUUCAGGACGAUCCAUUUUUCCAGCUGAGCGUGGAAAAUGGAUUCAUCUUUCCUGAGCUUGAGUAUUUAAAGCAACAAGCAAAAAAAGUAGUGUUUACUUUAAAUGAACAGAAUGGUAUUCUUUGUUUAUGUGAAUGCUAAGAUAGUUACUGUUAUAGUUAUCUUUACGGUUAUUGUUCCUGGUGUGUGUUUAAAUAUUCAAAGGUCAUUCAAAUGUUGAUUAUUUUUUCAGUACUUCCUGAGACAGCGACCAAUAUUCAGGCACCACCUAUAUUAUAUAAUCAGUAUGUCAUAAAACACGUCAGAACCUAUGUAAUGUGAUGUUGGCAAAAAAUUCCUAGAAGGUGGUGCUUCAUAAUUAUAGUAUGCUGAUUUACCUAAGAACCUCCUGGAGACUAUUUACAGUGACCAAACAGAGAACAGGAUGUGUCAUUAAAGGCAUAUGUACAACACACAACUUUAAAAUUAAACCGAAAAGCACAUGCUACAGUAUGAGCCAACAAAGAAACAUUAUCUCGUGUUCCACAACUCUAGGCCAAAUGGGAUUAUUUAGUAAAACAAAACAAAAAUAGAACUCUAAAAUAAGAAGUUUUAAAUGCUACACAUGAAUUUGGGCAUCACUGUAAUGCAAGUAUGGAAAAAGAAGACAUUCAUAUUGAGAUUACUUUUAAAAGUGUUAUUCAGUUUGUGGUCAAUGUUAAAUUAAUAUGUUAAAUGAGCGUAAGAAAGCAAAGCUAAAUCAAAAUAAUAAAAAAUAGGUUAAAAUUAAUUAAAUAUCUUUCAAAACGUUACUGAUUUUGUUAGUUAAAAACUAAAAAUCUGUUAUGGUUCGUAUCAAAGUGUCAAGCAAAUUUUGAUCCUAGUAUGGUACAUUCCUCACAACCAAAAAGUAACUAAUUUGGGACAUAGCUACAUACAAAGCUACAUUUUAAUAACUUAAUCAGCAAAGAUGUGCACACUGAUUGCUCUAAGUAAUCAUCAGCUUUAGUUUUUAUUAUUAGCCAUGUAAUGGUGCCGCUUUAUAUUUUAUAUGUGUUCAACGACGAGACAUUGACUGUGUCAUAUGAAGACAUGAGUCCAUUUGGACUCAACUGUCUGUUAUCCAUUAUUUAGUUGUGUGGCUAGCGGAUUGGUAAACCUUUAUGCAUGGCUGACCUUUUUCAUUUAAGUGUAAAAUCGGAGCUUGGGUUUGCAUCGGGAACCACAUAUCUAAUGUUGUAUAAACUCUGAUUUGAUAUCUGCCAUGCAUAAUGGAUAAAUGUUAAGACUAUGGCCUGUCACGGUCAGCUUGAGUAUUACAAUGAACUAUAUUUGCACAGGAUAUUUUAACGAAUUCUUACCAAAACAAAGUGCCUUAUAUUGUAAGGUUGUUGUUGACGAAAUACGAUGUAUGAAAUACAUUUGGGGUGUAUAUUGUCAGUUCAUAUAUGUAUAUUUUACCAGAGUUAGUUCAAUAGGCUUUUAUCGUAAAUGUUUUUUACACGUUUUCCUGACGUUGAGGCUAAUGCCUCGUGAAGUUGAGCUAAUGCUAAUGUGUCUUAACAUAGCACAGGACGUCUGUCAAUGUGACAAGAAUGAAAUGUAUGAAAUACAGGACUAGUUUGCAUAAGUCCAAUAAAGAGUGCAAUGACUAAA